AUGACCUUCCGUAGUAUUCGUUUGUCCUACAUCACAAUAUGGAAUAUCUUCUUGGUGCUACCUAUUGCCACAUCCGACAACGACUACAUUUCAGGCUACCAUCGUCGAUUGCAUCCGGUCAACUCAGGAUCUUGGAUGUCGAAAGACACCAGCGAUAAACUGAUGAAAAAGCUAAACGAUUUCAUCGAGGAACAGGCGAGGCGUCGCAUCUCGGAACACCUGCAACGGCUGCAGGCCGCAGGAAGCAAGAGCAUUUCGGCGCCUGCAUACUUCGGCACAGGGGAAAUAUUGGAUGAAUACCGCCCGACGUACACGUACCAGCUGCCGCUGAAUAAUCAGAUCGAUUCGAGCGAGAUCGUCUUUGCCGUGGGUCCAAGUGAUCCUCGAUUCUAUGAUCAAACCACCGAUCAAGGACGCGAUUCCGACCUCGAUGGCGUUGGUGACACCGAUGGCUCAUUUUUGUACGACAGCUCGGAACCGCUCGUUGCGAAUUCAAACGACAACCGGGCAGCUUCAGCGUCCAACAUAAGAGGAGAUCGAACCGAACAGCAACCCCCCGAGGACUAUCGCCAUCCGCCUCCACCACCGCCGAUACGCCCCAAAGCCGGCAAAGGAACCCUCUCCCGGAAUCAGUCCAAAAACAGAGCAGUUUCUAGCGUAGCUACUACCACAGCGGAUCAGAGUAACUCGAACGGGGUUGUCCAGCAACCGAUCGAGAUCGGUACCGGUCUUGGCAUGUACCUGAUCGCGCUGAUAGCAGGUGUCAGUGCGGCCAUCACGGUUGCACUGAUUUCGAUCGGCUUCGGUUGGUACACGCUCCACAAAAGGACCAAAGCGGCUGCCGAUGUGGAGUAUCCGGCGUAUGGCGUCACAGGACCCAACCGAGACUCGACCGUAGGCAUUACUGCUGUGGCGGGAGAUCGAAAACUGGCGCAAAAUGCACAAAUGUACCACUAUCAGCACCAAAAACAGCAGAUCAUAGCGAUGGAGAACACUACGCGCAGUGCUGCUCAUUCGGAACAACCUAGUGAAGAUGAAAAUGAAGAAGGCGACUAUACUGUUUACGAAUGUCCUGGACUUGCACCGACCGGCGAAAUGGAAGUAAAGAACCCGCUUUUCCUAGAGGAUGGUCCGAUUACUGGCGCUUCCCUGCAGCCUUCGAUCAGUGGCGAAGGUCCUGCGGUUGGAUUGAUUUACGUGGAAAAGGCUGUACAACCACUGGCUCAUAACAAUAAUAAUAAGAAAUCGGGAGAAUAAGCAUUAUUUGGUCAAAUAUGGAAACGCAACUUUUAAAACCCCGCUCCUUGCUAUAUCCGGUACCUAACUUUUCGAUCGAUGUUUUACAAAUAAUUCCAGGGAGUCUGAGCAUUUAUAGUUUUAUCACAAGCCUCCAAUCUUGUAAGGCCUAAGCUUAGAAUAUCUAUUGCUGCUCUAUCUUUCCUCGAUUCUUGAUCGAAGCGUAGCGUUAAAUCGUAGCAGAGGUUUGACUCGUACACUCACCUAACUCAGCUCCAAUUGAGAUGCCAUAUUCUAUUCCAUCCAGUUAACAACCCUUCUAUUUGCACAUGACUUUCUAGUAGAACUCAAUUUCCGUAAACACACAGUAGUAUUCUUAUACAUAUAUUUUUUUUUAAUAUUUAGCUUGAGCAUGACGUUUGAUCGUCUUGUGAUUGAGAUUCCGUGGAUAGUAACGUUUUCCGAACAAACAAAAUGAAAGCAAGAAGCAGCAGAAUGAUAAUGAAAGAACAAAAGCAGAUUAAUAUAUACAUGUAAUAUUUAAAUAAACUUCUAUAUUUAUACACACACACACAUACGAGUAUAUAUAUCAAUGUUAAUAAAUUGUAUCGAAUCAGAGAUUUUAUUCUUGCUAACGAAGGUGAAGCUCAUGCAAACUAGAUACGGGAGAUCCUAGAGCAGGAUCGAGGACAUCCCAGGGUAUACUGUCGAAGAGGAUAUAGUCAAAUCAAGAGUCGUAUUAAAUGUAAAGACAUGUGCUAGUGAUUAAAAAAAAUGGAAACAGCAAAAUCGGAGUAGGAUUUUGGCAAUUGUAUGAUAGAAUACACUGCGUUUGCUUUACUACAUGAAACGCGUUGCUGGGCAGGGCAUAAUGUCCACUUGUGCAUACGAACAUGUGAGCGGAACACGAAAGAGCCUAAUUGAGAUGCAUUUCUAGUGACCGUCUAAUAAUCAAUCUCACCCGGAGCGGAACAGCUGAUUGGUGUAAUACAUGCUGCCGGUAAAAAAAAAGCAAAUUGUGAACAACAUUGUCACAACUUAUCGAGUAAUUGUGCACCUAUCAGCCGCAAACGAAGAAACAAUCAACAGACUUCCGUAGUGUUGAUUUGUGUAGCACAUCGAUCAGCAUAUACCGACGCAACCGUAGUUGAUAAUCCUGUGUAUUUUCCGAACAAUGUGUGAACGAUCAAUAAAUAACAUCCAAUGUGCAUACAUUUGCUAGCGGUACAACUUUUUUAUGCUUUAAAU